AGAAGAGAGGACCCGACCACGUGACACGUGGGGAGCACUUCUUCCCUCUUCUUCUCCGAACGUCAGAGAGCCCCACUGCAGAUGGAGACCAGAAGACCAGGUGUCCAGCAUCUACUGGUGAUGAAAGAAGAAGAAGAUGCUACUGAGCAGCAGGAGUGCAGCUCCAGUCUGGAUCAGGAGGGACAAGAACCUCCUCUCAUUAAAGAAGAACCAGAAGAAGAAGAUCUAGACCAAAUCAAAGAAGAGGCCACCCAGUUCUCCCUCACUCCUGUCCAGGUGAAGAGUGAAGAUGAUGGAGCAACCAGCAGCUGGACUCAACACAUGAAGACAGAAGCUGAUGGAGACACCUGUGGAGGAGCAGAAGCAGAUACCUGUGAGAAAACACGUAUCCACUGUGACCACCAGAGGACCCUCUCUUCUGAAUCUCACGAUGACAGUAAAGGCUGGCGACUAAACAGUGAGACACAUAAAGCUCUUGUCAGUGUGAAGGAAGAGGACACUACUCAGAAAUCGCAGCAUCAAGGAGUCAUCUGCUCUCGAUGUGGGAGGAAAUGUUCCUCAGUUGUUGGACUGACUCGACACAUGAAGUUCUGCUGUGGAGAACCUUUGGUUUGUUCGUUUUGUGGAAAAGGUUUUGAAACAAGGCAGAAUCUGGAUAUUCACUUGAGAAUUCACACUGGUGUAAAACCUUUCAGCUGCUCUCAGUGUGGCAAGUCUUUUACACAGAGAGGAAGCCUGCAGAAUCACAUGAGAACUCACACUGGAGAAAAGCCUUUCAGCUGCUCUCACUGUGGCAAAACGUUUACGCAGAGAGGGAACCUGGAGACACAUGCGAUUAGUCACACUGGAGAAAAACCUUUUAGAUGCUCUUUGUGUGAUAAAUGGUUCCCACGGAGAGCAAGCUUGAAGAAACACAUGAAAAUCCACACUGGAGAAAAGCCUUACAUCUGCUCCCACUGUAAUAAAUGUUUUGGAAACAAGGAAUACUUUAAUGAACAUGUGAGAAUUCACACGGGUGAGAAACCUUUCAUCUGCACUCAGUGUGGCAAAUCUAUUCGAAGCAGACAGAAUGUGAAGGUUCACAUGCGAGUGCACACUGGAGAAAAGCCUUACAGCUGCUCGCAGUGUGGCAGCAGUUUUAGACUAAGACAAACACUGAUGGUACACAUGAGAACCCAUACGGGGGAAAAGCCUUUCAUCUGCUCUCAGUGUGGUAAAUGUUUUACGCAGAUUGGAAGUCUGAAGAAACACAUGAGCUGCCACACGGGAGGAAAACCUUUCUUCUGCCCUCAAUGAGGUGAUAGUUUUCUGCUCCUCGUCACGUCUCUUUCGUAGCAUGGUGCUGUGGAACUCGCAACCUACAGUAAAUCAACCUACAGUAGCAGAGCUGUACAUUGUGGGGGAGUUUGUCUUGGACGGGUUGAAAAAUAAAGG